AUGGGCAUUCAAAAUCUUUUACCAUUCGUAAAAAAAUCUUGUCGGCAGGGUAAUAUAAGCGAGUUUGCUGGUCAUUCAAUAGCCGUUGAUGUUAGUUGCCUCCUUCACCGUGGUUUAUUUGGAUGUGCUUCAGCAGUUGCACAGGGCGUCGAAACGGACUUGUUAUCUUCAGCAAAUUUUAUUUGCAGUUACGUUAAAUAUGUCUUAAUCUCGAUUGGUUGCCACGUUAUUUUAGUUUUUGAUGGAAAACCGUUGCCGGCCAAAAAGGAUACGAAUGAUUUAAGAAGAGAAAAACGUGAUUUUAAUAAACGUAAGGGAGAGCAGUUGUUGAGUGAAGGGAAAACUAAUGAAGCCUAUGAUUUUUUUAAGAGAAGUGUCGUGAUUACUGCAGAAAUAGUCGAAAAUACAAUUGAGGCUUUGCGUUCUUUCUCAAUGGUGGAUGUUCUGGUCGCUCCAUAUGAAUCUGAUGCGCAACUUGCGUUUUUAACAAAAACUAAAAAAGCUCAUGCUGUAGUCACUGAGGACUCUGACUUAAUUGCUUUUGGUUGCGAACGGAUAAUUUUCAAACUGGAUCACAAGGACGGCUCUUGCACUGUGUACGAACAGGAGAAGUUAUCCACCUGUUUCCAAGGAGCGCUUGCAAAGGAGUUUGAUUUUAUAAAAUUUCGCCGUAUUUGUAUCCUGGCAGGAUGCGAUUACCUACAGUCUGGUUUGCCUGGUGUUGGAUUGAAUAAAGCGACGACAUUUUUUUCGAAAGCGUCUGGAAGUGACCUUCGGCAAGUUCUUCCUCGUUUGCCGCGCUAUUUGAAUAUGAAAUCUUUGAAAAUUACGAAGGAGUUUAUUGAAGAUUUUAUUCGUGCGGAAAAUACAUUCUUACAUCAAAUUGUAUAUGAUACGGGUGAGCGAAGGCAACGACCACUGUACGAUUACCCCAAUAAUGAAGAAGAGGAUGAAGAUGAUGUUAGUAUAACUACUUUUAGGCUAGCCUUGGGCAAUAGGACAGAUGGCACUCACUUAACGGACAAAUUUAUUCUUCCCGACGAAAUACCUGAAUGGUCAAUAUGGAGCUCUAAUUAUAAAUCAGGUGAUGAAAGAAGGCGAUUAAAGAUGGAAGAACGGGAGGCAAAGAAACAACAGUAUGGAGUCUUUUCGGUAACGCGAAUUGAAUUUCUCUUUCAUUUCUUAGAUUGUACUGAGUUUCAGCUGGCAGUCAGGUAG